GCAAUGAUGUCUAGACCGAAUGCCGUUGUUGGAUUUCUAAUAGUACAAUAAGAGUGUUACAAGACUUGGUGUGUUAUAUAUUUUGGUUUUCCGUCCGGGACGCAGUGCGAUAUUUGAUUUUUACGCUUAAAUAAAUAAUUUCAUUUUGAUUUUUUACUGUGUUUUUGCAAAUAAGAAACAUUACGGAAUAACUGACACAAUAACUGAAGUCCAUGAAAAGCAAGCUACUUAAGGAUUUUUAACACAACGAGGAAUAAACAUUACAGAAUCACUAAAGAUGAAAAUACUAUUGUGGUUGACACUGGGUGCCUUCUUCUUGAACUUGACCUCAGCAGUCUUACCGAAGAAACGUGAUGCCGCUUUAUUUGGUAAUAUUCAAUCUUUGCAAAAUCCAUUUCAACAGCAACCACUAUCUGGAUUAACAUCAGCAUUAGCUGCGAUUCCUUCUACAAUAGCCGAGUAUAGUCAGUCAUUAAGUUUUGGAAAUUUCUUAACUGAUAUCAAUGAUCCGCAAUCUCAACAAGGAUGGGGUGAUUACAGUCAACAAGUACAGCAGUCAUUUGGAGUUCCCCAACAAAGUUAUGGGGAACAACCACAAACAGCUAGUUCAGGGCAACAGAGGCCUCAAACACAGCCAAGUUUUGGUGUUCCACAACAAAAUUAUGGAAAUCAACAACAAUCUCAACCGGUAGGUCAGUCUCAACAAAGUUUUGGACAACCCCAACAGCAAAUACAGCCACAACUAAGUUAUCUACCUUCACCACAACCACAGCCUCAACAGAAUUCGGUUCAGCUUCCUCAGCAAAAUUAUGGAUCAUCUUUUCAACCUCAAUCUCAACCUCAACCAUCAUCUCAAAACAGCUAUAGCCCACCUCUUCAAUUUUUACCGCAACCUCAGCCAAGUUAUGGACCUCCAAUCCAGCAGCAGCCACAGCCUCAACAACAAUCGCAACCACAGCCAAAUUAUGGACCUCAGAUUCAACAACAACCACAGCCACAACAACCACAGCAACCGUUACCCAGUUAUGGACCUCCAAUCCAACAACAAUCCCAACCCCAGGCACAACCACAACCACAGCCAAAUUAUGGAUCACCAAUUCAACAACCCCUACAGCCUCAGCCACAAUCUCAGCCCCAGCCACAACAACCACCACAGCCAUCACAACAACCAUUGUCCCAGCCACAACAACGACCACUACCUAGUUAUGGACCUCCAAUCCAACAACAGCCACAAUCUCAACAACAACCACAAUCAAAUUAUGGACCUCCGAUUCAACAACAACCACAGCCACAGCAACCACAACAACCACAACAACCACAGCAAAUAUUACCUAGUUAUGGACCUCCAAUACAACAGCAACCCCAACCUCAGCCACAGCAACCAUUACCUAGUUAUGGACCUCCAAUACAACAGCAGCCUCAAUCACAAACACGGCCACAGCAAACACCUCAGGUACAACCUAGUUACGGCCCCCCUCCUCAGCAGCAACCUCAACAACCGCCACAGCAACUAAUACCUAAUUAUGGACCUCCAUUACAACAGCAACCACAGCCACAGUCUCGGCCACAACAAACACCUCAGCUACAAUCUAGUUAUGGUCCUCCACCUCAGCAACAACCACAACAAAUACCACAGCAACCGCAACAACCAUUACCUAGUUAUGGACCCCCUACUCAACAACAACCACAAGCACACCGCACACAACCAUUGCCUCAGCCACAACCGCAGUCACAGCCACAGUCUAACUAUGGUCCACCAUUACAACAAACUACACCAACAUCACCUCCAAUUUCUUUUGGAAUUCCAGUUCAGAGUACAACCCUUAAAAACCCACAGUCAAAUUUUUUAAAUACAUAUUCCCCUCCAAGGCCAACUAACACUAAUAGUGGAUCUCAACCAAAUAAUCAACCUUCACUUGUGCAAUCAAUCAGUUUUGGCAUACCAUCUCAAACAUUUACCACACCAUCUCAAUUUUAUGGAGUUUCACAAGGGUCGCAGCAACCACAGGCAACACAGCCACAGCAACCGCCAAGACAACCCGUGUUUUCUUCUAAUCCUCCAGUUCAACCCCAACAAAACAAUAAUAACCAAUUUCAAGGUUAUUCUUACAAUCCACCUUCUGUGACACAGUCACCGAGACCUCCACAACAGCCAGCACAACAACCGGGUGGUUAUAUUUAUAGUACACCACAAACGCCAUUAGUACAACCACCACAAAGUAGACCUCAACAACAGCCUGGAGGAGGAGGAGGAGGAGGUUAUUCCUACAAUCAACCACCACAAAAUUCCAAUAGACCCUCGCCGUCUCCAUCACCUCAACCUACAUUGGCAACACAACCACAAAUUCCAAUAAAUAACUUAGGGUCAUCUAGACCAACACAAACACAAACUUCUAGACCACAAAAUAAUUACAUUUAUUCAGGAGUACCAACAACACCUAGGCCACAAGUACAACAGCCACCACAACAAGGAUACAACUAUAGUCCACCUCAAAAUCAGUUGUCACCUUCUCAGCCAAGGCCACAGCAGUCAUUGAGUUCUGGUGGAUCAGGUUAUUCAUAUCCUAGCCCUUCAAUUCCAUUUCCAACACCAACAGUAAUAUCAAACCCUCAACCGACACCAUUUUCAUAUAAUUCGCCUGCAGCCACAACAACGUUUACAACGCCAUCGCCACUUGGACAAAGCUACUCGCCGGUGGAUUCAAGGCCACCACAAUCUAAUAGGUCGUCAAACUUUGUACCAUCGCAAUUCAAUAACCAGCAAUCGCAAUCCACAGCUCCGGCUCAACCGUUUAACAACAUCUACCGACAAUCAUUCCCAUCUAGUUUUGGAAGUGCCCAGCAAAGCCCAUUUCAGCCAUCACAAUUACAAUAUGAUGCAUUUGCAGCACCGCAACCACAGCAACCACAAUACGGCUGAACCCAAUAUUAGUGUGUAUACAACAUGGUUACGGAAAUUCGCGCCAUCUAGUCUACCAGUGUAGUCACUAGAGACUGCUACUUACUGAAUAUUUAUCAGCCAUAUAAAUGUCAAAUGUAUAUUAAUUAUUUUUUUUUUUACAUAGGUAGUCUAAGAAAGUCAAAAGCCUAUGUUGUGAUGUCAUACGUUUAAUCAACACAUCUUACAAUUAAAACAUUGGCUUUAACAUGAAAUAAUUGUUUUAACAUUCUACUUAACUACAAAACAUAGACUAGAUCAUUUCGUUGUAAAUACAUUUCAUUUUUAUAUUCAGUAUUAUUAUUAUAUCGUAGUGUAAUGUAUAU